AUGAAGCUUCACCUCCUCACCUUUGCCCUCUCGGCCUCCGCCUGCCUCCUCCCUUCGGACCUCGUCCCUAGGGAUUCGCGUGAGGCCAACCACUUUGCCCUGCACGCUAGACAAUCCCGUCCGGAGCCAGACUUUCCCAUCGGAAAGGGCGACCGCUUCAAUAAGGGCGCCAUUGUCCCCAAGGGCCUUUCUACCUCUGACCGCGACCUCAAGUCCAUCCUCACGCCCACCGAAGUCUCGUCUGCCCUGCAAGGCCUCGCAAACACCUUCAAGGAUGUUGAGCUGAUCCGUCCUCCGUACAAGUCGUAUGAGGGUUUCCAGUUCCUGGGCGCCCAGGUUGGAAAGAAGCCCAAGCUGCUCAUCAUCAGCGGCGUGCACGCCCGUGAGCGCGGCGGACCUGACAACGUCGUCUACUUCCUGUCGGACCUGCUGCACGCCCGCAAGGCCAACAAGGGCCUCAAGUACGGCAAGACGACCUUUUCCGCUGCCCAGGUCCGCAAGGCCCUCGACGCCGGCAUCGUCAUUCUCCCGCUCGUCAACCCGGACGGCGUCAAGUAUGACCAGGCCACCAAUGAAUGCUGGCGCAAGAACCGUAACCCCAAGAGCUCCAAGGGCAGACCUGACAAGAUCGGCAUCGACAUCAACCGCAACUAUGAUUUCAUCUGGGACUACAAGAAGGCCUUUAGCCCCGACGCUGAUCUUUCGGGUGUUUCUUCGGAUGACCCCUCCAGCGAGGUGUUCCACGGCACGUCGCCGACUUCGGAGCCCGAGACUAAGAGUGUCGUCUGGGCUAUGGACAAGUACAAGGAUCUGACCUGGUUCAUCGACCUGCACUCUUUCGGUGGUGAUAUCCUCUAUGCCUGGGGUGAUGACAACGCCCAGACCAAGGAUCCCAAGGAGAACUUUCUCAACCCCAAGUACGACGGUCGCCGUGGUGUCGUGGGCGAUGAGCCCGUCAAGACUGGAUACAAGGAGUACAUUAAGAGCCAGGACCUCACUGUCCAAAAGUCGCUGGCGAACCGCAUGAAGGUGGCCAUGGAGAAGGCCGGCGCCACCCUGUACGCCGUCAUGGAGUCUGUCGGCCUGUACCCAACUGCCGGAGCCAGCACCGACUACGCCCAGGGCCGAUACUACGCGGCCAAGUGCGGCGUCGGAAAGCUGCAGGCUUACACCAUCGAGUUUGGUGAGGAGAGCGGAUCCGCGGCUUGUCCAUUUUACCCCGGCAAGACCCAGUAUCACUCGUGGAUGAGGCAGGUUGCCUCGGGACUGAUGGAGGUUGCGCUUCAGGCGGCUGAUAGCAAGCCCGAGAGUAAGAAGUGCUGA